GUGAGAGAGUGAGUCUUAAACCCAUAUUUAACGGCUCUUAGUAUCAUAUCUCUAUGUAGCUCUGGUUCCCUAACUUUGCCUUUCCUGAACAGAUACCACCCCAGGGGACUGCACCCAACAAGCUUGCAGUUAUUUAUGUAUUUGUCUCCAGAUAGAUUCAUAGAAAACAGCGCUCUGUUGUCAGUUUUUAAAAGUUACAGGAUUCCCAACUGGAGAGAGAGUUUUUUCUUUUCCAGUUGUAUUGGCUGUAGUUCUUGUGCCAUACAGCUCAUUAGUUCAGCCCCCUCAAGAGGAGUCACCGCAGUAAGUUUGGGACAUGUUCUACAUUCUUGGAGAGAGACUUUUUGGUGGUUGUGCUCCUGCCUGGCAGCAGAUGGAAAGCUUUUGUUCUCAGGACAGACACCUGCUGCUCUUGAUUCCUGCCCGAGCAACCCUACAGACAGGGUCGAGCUGCCUCCUAGUUCUCCAAGGCUGUGGAUCUUUGGACAAACAGACUGCUGUCGUCUUUGACUCUAAUGACCCUACAGGGCAGGGCAGAGCGUCGUGGAAACAGGUUGCUGCAACUUUUUGUCUGUGGAGCCGCUGGUGAAUUCCAGCUGCCAGCCUUUUGGUUACCCAUCGGGCACCUGACCAGUGGGCCACUGGCGUCUUCUGGUCGGUAUCAAAACCAAGCCCACCCCGUGGAGGCAAUUCUGGUGCAUAGCGACCCUGUGGGGCAGAGUCAGAGGCUAUACAUCUGUACAAGAGCAGACAGCCUCCACUUUCUUGCGUAGAUUUUGAGUCGCCUACCUUAAGGUUAGCAGCACAGCACUGACCCCGCGGCACCACCAGGGUUCCUUCUGGUCGCUGUUGUUCACGCUCAGUCAAGGCUAGUUCUAGGACAGGUUGGGUUUGAUCUGUUUGCAAAUGUGUCUGCUCCAUCCGCCCGCUCCCCACAGCUUCCUUGGGAUUGAGAAACCAGUCUCGUAUUUGGUUUUCGCUCACGCCCACUGUCUGUGUUUUAGAAUGUGUUUACCCUCAAACGCGUAGCUCUCAAAUGUGCGUAGCCUGUCUCUUAGCCUUAUAGUCUAGCUCAUUUUCCAAGUGUAUAGGAUUCUUAUUUAAUUGCCUAUUGACUUUUUUUUUCCAGGGUUCAUUGAAAAAUCCUUAGGGAUAUUGACAUGGUUCAAGUGACCUAAAUUAGCCAAUGACUCGGAACGAUGGCUUCCCUGAAGAUUGGAAAUGGUUUGCCAGUGAUUGGACAAGGGCCUGGGCGAGGGGUCUCUUCACCCCCCAUGGUGGGGUAUUUGGGAAAAACUCAUGACUCCACCAGAACGACAGUGGGGGAGUACUGCCCGGCUUGUAGAGAGAAGGGGAAGUUCAAAGUGUUAAAGACUUACCGGAUUAGUUUUCAAGAAUCCAUCUUUUUGUGCGAGGACCUGCAGUGCAUCUACCCUCUGGGCACCACACCUCUGAGUCGCGCCCGUGGCUCUGAUUGGGAAGACCAGCCCUCCGCAGAUAAGCCUCGGAAGAGAAGGCACUCAGCAGCCGGCUGCCCAGGUUCCCCUCUCGGAACAGAGCCCAAGAGGCCCCGAAGCCAGGAUGCCACUGAUGGCAGGGCACGGACGCUGAGUAGCAGCCGAGAUGGAGAAGCCGACGAUGGAGUCGCACGCCGCUCGCCCGCCCCACUGGAACAUGACUCCCACAGUCCUUCGCGGCCAGUGGGCUCCUCAGAGGAGCAGGGGCUUUUGGAAACUGACACUGUUGACCUGCCCCCAGAAGACCACCCUCCCACAGUCGACGUCUCCAGAACCCAGGGGGCGGAAGGCUGUACCUCUGAACCGGAAGUGCCGUUGGCCCCCGGGGGGCCACCGUCUCGCCGGGCUGGCCUGGUCCAGUGGAAGAACGCGUAUGCGCUGUGCUGGCUAGACUGCAUCCUCUCGGCCCUGGUGCACCUGAGAGGGCUGGCCCCGGUCCUGGCUGGGCAGGGCUGCUCCCGGGAGUCCCUGUUCUGGCAGCUGUUCACCAAGUACAGCGAGGCAGAUGAGCUGCUUCGGACCACCCAACCCCACCUGGAGGGCAGGAAAGGCGGGAAUGGUGAAACCCUGCCUGCAGAAGUGUCUGCAAAGAUAGAGGCCUGUCUGAAUGCAGCCCGCGACGCGAUUUUCACCAGGCUUCAACCCCAGCUCCGGUGCACACUGGGUGACAUGGACAGUCCUGUGUUCGCGCUGCCCCUGCUCUUGAAGCUUGAGCCUCCCGUGGAGUCGCUCUUCGCGUGCUCCUUCUCCUGGGACUUUGCGUGUGCACAGUGCGGGCACACGUACCGGCACAGGUGUAUGAAGACUCUGGUCACCUUUACACGUGUCGUCCCUGAGUGGCACCCGCUUAAUGCUGCCCAUUUUGGCCCGUGCAACAAUUGCAGCGACAAGUCCCAAAUACGGAGAAUGACCUUGGAAAAGCUCUCCCCCGUCUUCAUGGUGCACUUUGUGGAAGGCUUACCUCACGGCGACCUCCAGCAGUACGCCUUUCACUUCGCAGGCACGCUCUACCGGGCCACCUCCGUGAUUCAGUACCGAGCGAACAGUCACUUUAUCACCUGGAUCCUAGAUGCCGAUGGAAGUUGGCUUGAAUGCGAUGACUUAAAAGGCCCGUGUUCUGAGAGACGGGAGCGAUUUGAAGUUCCAGCUUCAGAGAUUCACAUUGUUAUUUGGGAGAGAGAACCCUCUCCCACGCCAGCUAACGCAACCGCCAGCCUUCCACUUACAGAGACCAAUGACCGAGACACUUUGGGGAGUCAGAACCAGACGCUCUCACCUGUGGGCCCGGUGGGCAGCCCGAUCGCAGCUCCAGGAUCUCCUGUAACCCAGCCCGCACUUGGGUCCGGUGGUGCUCCCAAGGACCCUGCCCUUUCAGGUCCCCAGGGGCUGGCCGGCAGUCACAUCCUUGCGUUGACCCUGGAUGAACUAGAGGCCGGCUCAGAGUGUUUCCCGUUAGAAAACAAGCCCGAGGGAGAAGAUCAGCCUGCGCUGGCUGCAAGGCUGUCGCCGUCGCUGUCGCUGGACUCCCUCCUGGAUUCUUUAGUGGCAGCUCCAUGUGCAGAAAAGCCCGUCCAAGCCCAAACUCUGGAUGUCCGGCUUCCAUCCCCAGGUCCAGGUGCAAGCCUGCCCCCAGGACCCCCAGGGACCCAAGAUGCCUUCCCCGCUGCUCCCGGGCACACUGGUCCCGCGGCUGCACCUCAGCAAGGAGAGGGGCCAGGGGAAUCGCAGGCAGGCGCUCAGCUGGCGCAUCGUUCUCCUCCGGGCGCAGAGGCAUUAAAGCCAGAACCACACGUUCCCUCCCAGGCAUCGGGUGCUGGGCCUGGCAGUGCCAGGCCCGGAGCAAAGCAGCCCGUGUACGAGGUGCAGAAGAAGCCAUUUGUAGGGAGCUGGGUGCAAGGCCUGCUAAGCAGGGGCGUUUCCUUCAUGCCACCCUGCGUGUCUGCGCAGGCCAGGACCGCCCUCACGGGCUUGCAGCCAUCUGUGAAAGGUGCGCGGAACUUUGGCGGCUUCAAGACGAAAGCAGGGAGCCAGAAGGCAUCCCGGGCAUCCAAGAAGGCCCAUAAGUGGGCGAGUAAGCCCCCUGAACUCCCAAGCCAGCCUGCUUCAGGGGGCACAGCAUCUCUUCCGUGCCCCAUUGGCACCGCUGACCUGGGCCCUCAGAGGAUGGGUGGAAGCGCCUCUCCUGGCAAGGACCGAGGGUUCUCGGCAGCUGCCCUUGGAGAGACAAGGGAGGGACAGAUCCACCAGCUCCGGCUGAAGCUGCUGAAGAAGCUCCGGGCCAAAAAGAAGAAGCUGGCUGCCCUCACCUCUUCCCCUGCCUCCUCCUCGUCCUCCCCCCCAAGUGGGAUGCCCCCCAGGGACCCCUUGGAGAACACAUCUCACUGUGGCUCCCCCAGCGACUGUGACUCCAUCGAACAGUUGUUAAAUGAGCUGCAGUACCAGAUCGAUAUUGCGGACAGCUCAGCCGGGGGUCCCCCACUGCCCAGCGCGUCCCCACUCAGCGGCCAGACGCAGGAAGAGAUUUUAGCUGAGCUGCUCUGUCCUGCAGUUGUGGCGUCCCCUGCACUUCCCGAGCCCGGGGAGGUGGACUUUCAGUACCUGGAAAUGGGAGACAACCACGUCCCAGUCCCAGUCCCAGCCCCCAGCGAACUAGGCUUGAGUCCCCAAAACUCGCACCCGAGAGGGGACCACAAUUACUGCAGUCCCACCAAGAAAGACCUGGACGGCGGCCAGGCCAGCCCCUGGGCAAGUCACACCUGCGCUCAGGCCUUGGACCUGGACAGCCCCGUGAAGACGGAUAUUUUUGAUGAGUUUUUUUCUACUUCAGCGCUGAAUGCGCUAACCGGUGACCCCUUGGACUUGCCUCAUUUCGAUGAGGACCUGUUUGAGAGUUGCUGACUGCCCGCUACCUCAUUGGUUGAGUGUUUAUGCUUGCUCUUGAAGAGCGUAAGUUAUUUGGUUAGGCCGGUUUCCCCACCGGAGAUGCUGUGAAGUGGAAGCCACUGGAGUUUUCCUUUGGUUUCACCUGAAAAAGCAUCCGGGGUGGGAUUCAGGGAUCUGUUCUCCUUAUUUUAGAGGAGGAGGGGGGACUCGUUUUGCAGACUGUGGGUUUCCAAACAUUAAAAAUGGAAAACAGCC